GCAGUCGUGGUCGACGCGAGCCGGCGAUCGAAGCACUCCGUCGGGGCGGCAGGUGCGGCAGGCCGGGAGAGGAGCCAGUGAGACGCGCACGCCGAGCGCCGUGCAGAGAGUGAACUGGGCGUGGCGUGGCUGAGAGUGGGAGCGCCGCACCGGCCGACCAGCUAGCCCAGGAGCCCGCCGCCGCCGUCAGGCGGCUAGGGCUUCUGUUCGCCAUGAAGAUGUCCCAGAUAACCCAGCUGAGCGCGACCAUCUCGCCGCUGCUCUCCACAACGGCGGACCCGGAGCUGGACGAGCCCAAGUGCGUCACCUGGCCGGCCGUGCACCAGAACCUGUUCCAGGUGGCCAACCUGUUCUACCUGGCGGCGUUCGUGGUGCCGCACACGUUCCGCGGCAGCGCGGCGGCCAUGCGCGCGCUGCUCUGUCUCAGUCAGGUUCUGCUGGCCUGCUGGGCGGGCGGAUACAUCUGUGCACCGGAUGCGCUCGGCUGGAGUUUGGCUCUUCUAGCCGCGAAUCUGGUACACAUUGGCCACGCGGGGUGGCUGGAGCGGCCCUCACCGGUGCCCGCACACCUGAAGGAGCUGCACCGUAAGCUGUUCGUGCCGCUGCGCGUGGAUAACCGCGAGUUUGGGCAGCUGACGCGCGGUGCUGAGCACCACUCGCUGCCGGCGGCCCAAGCCUACGCCGUGGAGGCUGUCACGGCCACCACUGACCGGCUCUCCGUCCUGCUCACCGGAAAGCUGGAGGUGCUCUGUGACGGCAUUCACCUGCAUUACGUCAUUCCAAACCAGUUUAUCGACUCUCCGGAGUGGGAGUCGGAGCGGGCGUUCCGGGACCGUCCGAACGAGUCGGGUCCGGGCCCAGGCGUGAUCUCCAGCGUCAGUCCCCGGCUGGAUCCGGACGACGUCUAUCAGGUGUCCAUUGUUGCUGUGGAGGACUCCACAUAUCUGACGUGGAGUUCCAGUGUUCUCACGCCCAUAUUGCGAAACAGUAGUUUCCUCAAUGCUGUGAUACAUAAUCUUGUAGGUAAGGACAUCUCUCAGAAGUUGUACCGGGUGGCCGAGGGUCUGGGCGGCAGUCGCCAUUGGGACAGUCUGAACGCUGGCCGGCGGUGCAGCGGGCCGUUCUCACCCAUCCAGCUGCGUUCCAACAGUGUGGAUAGGGUACACACGGGCACCAAGGGACUGAUGAGGAGCCAGGUGUGGCUCGGCAACCACAGCCGUCGGGGGUCGCACGCAGCCGCCGACGCCGACGCGCUAGUGAACCCAGCACACCGUCGUCUCUACCAUUUCCACUGAGCUCGGGACAGUCGACAGGACCUGACGCCAGCCGGGUCUCUAAGCCACAUGAGAGAGCACCGCACAACUCAUGGACGCCCGGAGCUGGGCACGGGCGAUCGCAGCCACCCGGCGGCCACUGCCGGAUUCAGAAGUAUCUCUCUCACUCCCGAGAUGGCAGCACGAACACACCGACUGGUCCGCCCGGCCGACCGCAUCGGCAGCUCGCCGCUCGCCGAGAGAAACCGGGAUCUGAACGACAUACAGCUCACUGUCAAGUGAAAUGCUUCUCACGCUCGACUGAACACUUUCCAUGGGAUGGCUUGGAGCGCGCUCGGUCGUAUCGUCAUCACUCAGCCACCUGCCGCCGAGUUGAGCGCCCACGAGUGACGGUGACACCGCCGCCGGCGACCCAAGACGGCCGACAGGGCAACUUCCCACCACUUCCUGACUAAUAGCAGCAGGCGUGUCAAACUGCGUCAUGCUGCUGCUGAUGCACAGGAGCUGGACACGCAAUCGCACCCAUCGCCAGCGCAUAACACCGACUUUACGACACCAUAAGAGUCGCAUCUUACCGUACCAGAGAAAAAGAAUCCUUAGCAGUUAUCAAGAGGUCAUGCAGCUGCACUGCAAAGAGGAUCAGGCGCCAAAGGCAAUGGGUGACGCCGAUUGCGUUGAUUUCUUAACUUUUGUAUGCUACUCGGUCAUCGGUUAUUUGUAAGAUUUAUCGGCGAACUUGUAUUAUUCAACAUGGCUUACCUACCACAUGAAUUAUGUUUGGAAAUCAUCUAUCAGUCUGCUAUUGGUAUUGCUUGAUACACACGAGCAUACCCUACCAAUACAUUUUACACCUUGUUGGUAUAAAAUGGUUUUCAGUUUAGUCAGUAACUCGUUCCUGAAUGCUGAACUACAUGAAGCAUUACACAUGCAUUGUAUCGCGUUGAAGUGGUGCAACCGUAAAAUAAUGCAUCGCACGGACUGGCAAUACGUCGAAAGCUUGCAUUUGACAAGGAUCGGUGAUGUUUUGUACCAUAAAGAAGUGUAACUGAACUUUAUAGGAUCGUUGUUUCGAUCAUUUUCUUUCCACUGAUGUAUUAAGUGACGCUUUUGUGUUUUGUUCAUCCAUAUUUAUUUAUUGUUUGAUGGAUAUGUUUGCAGUUUGACCAUAGUAGAAAGUAAUGCUUGGAAAUGGACAGAUGCAGUAUCUCAAGAUUUGCUUACAAUUGGAGAAAAUGGACAGCUAUUUUGCAUCACUUUUUAUUCUUCGACAGCACGAAAUAUUAAGCUAAACGUGUUUCAAAUGUACACACAUUGUAAAUAGCGCAAUUAAAAUGAAUGCUGAUGCUCCGAGACACCUGUCAUAGACGUCAUUAAGAUGCGACUGAAUUGAUCGAAGUGUCUGCGAGACUGGAAACAAACACACAUAGCGCAACCCCAUAUGUAAUUGUACUUAAAUGGACGAGUGUUCAUAUGUGAACUGGUGUGCGUUGUAUCUUUUUAUUGGAAUGGGGCCAAUUGUGUGUUUUAUUUGGGUAUUUUUUAGUCAGCAAACGAUGUUCAGCAUAAAAUCCUAAAUUUACGUCUAAAAGGAAAUUCCUGCAUUCAAAAAUAGAUACAUUGUCUUAUAUUGUAAUAAUUGCAUAAAAAUAACAAUUAUCAGGGAAGCAAAGGCAAUUCGUUUUUUUAAUAGGAAUAGUUAACUGCCUUGAGAUAAACGAGUCUGACUCAUAAAUAGUCAAUCCGUGCCCUGAUGGAAGAGGGGGGGGGGGGGCCAUUUUGGCCAUCCUGUGGUUUUCGUAAAUAGCGAGAAAACGGCGGCGCGCAGCGCCACCAAAUUUUCAGUACCUUUCCGGGCAUCAAUUUGACACCUUCACACAAAAUUUCAAGUCACAGGUCACCUUUUGGGUCAGGAGUUAUUGAGGUCAAACUGAGGUCAUGUUCAAGUAAAAAUGAGCAAAAAACAUGACAUCUUGAAACGCUCACCAAAUCUACAGUUAACAAGCAAUUUUAAAGUUACUAUUAAGGUGCUUAUUAUUGCAAUUAAUGGCACUGGGCGUUUCCAGAUUCAAGAUUGUCCAAUGAAAAAGCCAGAAAAAAUGCUUAGUGAUAAAAGCUGGAGCAUAUGUAUAAAUUCUUUACUUCGUUUUUAGUUUACACUACGUCAAAAUACUUGUGAUAUUUGCCAUUUGCGCAUACAUAUCAAAAUAUUGCUACACUUGUUGCGUUGAUGAUGGCAUUAGAUAUGCAGGCUGCGAUCUUUGUUUGGUUGCCAGCACGCACAUCAUAUAUAGCUGUUUGAAAACUAAAAGAAAUAUUGCGUGUUCUCUUGAUACGGGAUUGCUUUGCAGCAAGUGACUGAAUUACAACGUGUAGGAACUUUAAGCCUUUACACGGCUAUGAACGACGACUCAACAGUUUGUAACAAGUACCCCUGAAUACACAAUCGGUAUCAAUUGUAUAUUUACAAAUUUGAGUGUGCUACUGUGUUAGCCACUGGCUUGCCGGCAUUAUGAUAAAAGAUUCGCAGUUGUGAGCUAAUGGCGUCUGAAGUACGUGUCUACAUAAAAAGACUGUGUAAGCUUGUUUUGUCAUUAUGUUGACCAAACACUUUGGGAAUCACUUUUGUUCACACUACGUAAAUACGUCAUGUUAUGUCACGUAACGUCACUAACUUCACACGGAGUUGCCGGAUAAUGAGCGGCCUCCAUAAAAAGGUGUUGCAAAAUUGUGAUAAAAGAAUUUCAAAAGCGUAUAUUUGUACUUGCAUAUCCAGAGACGCACUGUUUUAUAUGUUGUAAUAUAUGUUUGCAUGUUUGAA